CCACACCAUCUCAGACCUCUUGCACACGCAUCCUCGCUAUGGCCAAGUCAACAGAGAAGAAGGCAGAGAAGAAGGGUGCAAAGAAGGCUGCGGCAACCGCAAAGCCUGCUGCACCGAAACCCAACGCAAAACCCAUCUCUUCUAAGGAGAUCAUAGCGAAGGCCAACGCAAAGGCAAAGGGGAAGCCAUCAAAAAAGAAGGAGAGCAGCAGUGAGGAGUCGUCAGAGUCCGAGGACGAAAAGCCUGCUCCUAAGGCAGCAGCCAAGAAGGACAACAAAAAGGCUGCGAAGCCUGCCUCGUCUUCGAGCGAAUCCAGCUCUGAGGAUGAGGCGCCUAAAACCCCUGCCAAAGCAGCGAAUGGCAAGGCUAAGGCUGAUCCCUCAAGCGACUCAUCCUCUGAAGAUGAGGACGAGGUGCCGAAGCCUGCAAAGGCUCCUGCCUCAAGCGAGGAGUCUUCAGAAAGUGGAUCUGAUGACGAGAAGCCGAAGGCGGCACAAGUUAAGGCUACCCCCAAAAAAGCGUCGUCGUCCAGCGAUAGCGACAGUGGCUCCGAGGACGAAGCACCUACGAAGGCUGCUCCGGCCUCCGCUAAAAAGCCUGCCGCCGCGGCGGCAAAAGCUGCAUCAUCUGGCUCGGAAUCCAGCAGCGAUGAAGAUGAAGCCCCCAAGAAAACUGCUUCCUCCGCGAAGAAGGCGACACCGGCCAAGGCUGCCGUUGCCAAGAACCAGGAGUCCAGCGAUGAGGAUUCCGAUGAAGAGAGCUCCGGGGAUGAAGAUGCUGAGAUAGCUGAGACAGGGGCGAAGACCAACGCGACUUACUUCAGUCAUCUAGGCAAGCGCAAGGCCGAUGAUGAUGAUGCGGCCCCUGCCAAGAAGGUCAAGCUGGUCGACGGCGGCGCUGCCGCGUCUGGCGAAUCUGGCAAGACCAUUUUCGUCGGCAGGUUAUCGUGGAACGUCGACAACGACUGGCUCGCUCAGGAGUUCGCCGAGUGCGGCGAGGUUGUCUCUGCGCGUGUGCAGAUGGAUCGGAACACGGGCAAGUCGCGCGGUUUCGCGCACGUCACCUUCGCCACCGCUGAGGCGGUCACGGCGGCUCUUGCCCUGAACGGCAAGGAGAUCGAUGGUCGCCCCGUCAACAUCGACAAGAGCGUUGAGAAGGACCCGGACACCGCGCGCCAAAAUCGCGCGAAGACAUUCGGGGACUCGCAGAGCCCGCCGUCCGCAAGCAUCUUCGUUGGGAACCUCAGUUUCGCCGCUACAGAAGAUGAGCUGUGGGAGAAAUUCAGCGAGUUCGGCGACGUCAAGGGUGUGCGGAUCCCAACCGACCGUGACACUGGCAGGCCGAAGGGCUUCGCAUACGUCGAGUUCACGGAUGUCGAAGCUUCAAAGAAGGCAGUUGAGGGUCUAGCUGGCGCUGAGAUUGGCGGGCGUGCGAUCAGGCUCGACUUCUCCCAGCCGCGCGACUCGAGCUUUGGCGGGCGCGAUUCGGGCUUUGGCGGUCGCGGUGGCCGUGGCGGAGGUGACCGUGGUGGUCGUGGCCGUGGCGGUGGACGAGGACGAGGCGGUGACCGCGGUGACCGCGGUCGUGGUGGCCGUGGAGGUGGACGAGGUGGCCGUGGAGCCCCCCGGGGUGGUGGUGCGCGCUUUGGUGCCAUUGCUGCUCCCGAGGGCAGGAAGACCACAUUCGACUGAUUGUCAGAGAGGUACCUUGUGUUUCUCUUUCACUUGACCUGGCCCUUCUUUCAUGAUGUUUUAUGGAUUAUGAUAUAUGCCUUGUCUGCACGUUGAUUGUUUCGCAUAAUUUUGCUUGAGCAUCAUUUCUGACGCAUCCAUGGACGUCCACUGUGAGGAUCCUUUGGCUCGCAGCUGUGACUAUGAAAAAUUCCCUUUGAUGAAGUCGUGCAAACGCAAUGCAGCUGUGUCAAGAUUGAACGGGUC